AUGCCGCUGAAAAGAAAACACAGCUACAAGUCAAAGACACAGACAGGAGUUGCAGAGCAUUUGGUACUUUGGGCUGUUGAGGCAACACAGGCCGCGCGUCAAAGCCUGCUCAAUGCAAAGUCAACAGGUUCCAUUCCUGAGUUCAAUGCAGCGUCAGCUCGCUUUGCUGCUGUCCUUGAAGAACUUCCAGAGCUUUGGCCAGAGCUGAGUGAUGAGUUGAUGCAAGCGGUUUGGCUUGGGUUUGAUGAAGCAAUGCGAACUCGCUUGGCGGAGGGCGCUGCAGGGUCUCUUUUUGGUGGCGAACGCCCUUGCAAUUUACCUCAGCUUCUUUGCUUGAUUAGCCGGGCCCUAACAGAUGAGGGGCGAUACUGGACUGCGAGAAGUCUCUUGCACAGAGCGCGGCGGGUGGCUCAGAGGCAUGGGAUCUCUGAGAGUUUAGUUUGUGCCAGCCUUGCUGAUAUGCACUGCCGCGCUGUGCCCCCUUGGCAUUUCCAUAUGCUUAACGACCAACCUCGAAAUCAGGCCUUUGCUGCGUCUAUUGGGGAUGCUUUGAGAGAACUGGCCGCGAGAACAGCGCGAGUUGAACCAGUGACAUGCUUGGACAUCGGGACAGGGACAGGGCUGUUGGCCCUGAUUUGCCAGCAGCUCGGCUCUGAAUUGGGCAUGCCGAAGCUGCAGAUUCAUGCAUGUGAAGAGAACGAGUUGCUGUUUGCAAUGGCUUCAGAGCUGAUAAACAGUGCUCAAAGCACAGGUCUAGAAGAAAAGGAACAUGUGUUUUUCGCGCAAGUUGAACUGAAGGAAGUGAAGCCCACUGUGAUCCUUCAUCGUGCCAAUAGCCGCAAUUUGGAAGUCCCGCCAGUUGACCUCAUCUUUUGCGAGGCUGUGGAUGCAGAGCUUGUGGGCGAAGGUUUCUUGCAGACAGCACUUGAUGCCUGCGAGCGCUUGUUGAAGCCAGAUGGCCGUUUGAUUCCAUCCAGUGCCACCCUUUUUGGGCAGCUAGUUGAAUGUCCUUGCCUACAAGCCCGUUUUGGUUGUGACCAUUUUCAACUCACUUCUGUCCAGCUUCGUGAGAACUUUGUGUGUGACUUUUUGGAGAACCUCGAGCACAAGAUUCUGAGUGGACCAGCAGAAUUGAUGCACAUACCCUUUGACAAGCCGAAAGACCUGAGAUGCCAGUUGGGCUUUGUUCACUUUGUUGAACUUCAAGCCUUGCAAAGUGGAACGGCCCAUGCUGUGAUGGUCUGGUGGGAGCUUCGUUUAGACAAGCAUGGACGGCACAAAAUCUCCUCGCGGCCUGGCCGUGAAGAGAAUCAUUGGCCACAGGUGUUUUGGCCUGUUCACGCCGAAGCACAUGUCUCUGAUGAGGAAGCGGAGCCGGCGGUUCUUCCAAAGCUCGGGAGAACUUUGCUUGCUUCAGAGUGUGUGGCACUCCAGCUUCGACUUCUUGAGGACCGUUUGGAGUGCAAGCCACGCACGUUUGGCCCCAGCAAGGUGCCAAAGUCGAAGUUCAAGAUCUCCAGUGGAGAUUUGCAAUGGCUAAAUGAUGCACAAGUAUGGGAAUGUUUGAAGCAGCAGUGCCAAGCUAUCAAAGUUUAUGGCUAUGGUGCCCUGCUUGAUGGAUCAGCCUUGGUACAACCUGCGGCUUUGCUGACAGCAGCAUCAUCUCUGGAUGCCGCUCCAACAGUACGUGCCGCAGUCGCAAAUGGAAAUCUUGAGGCAAUUGAGGCAUUCCUCCGUGCCAACAGUUUUGGCGAUGAACCGGUGCUAUUUCCAGAUUCCCCGGUGGAUGAUGCAGUCAAGUUGGCAUUGUCGUCUGAAGCUUUUGGCAAGGCAGCUUCCAUCAUUCUGGUUUUGUCUGACGUCGUGAAGCGGUCUGGCGAAGUUCGCAGUGAGCUGCUCCACAAGGCGGCUUGUAACGUGGCCUGCAAGCCAUUGCCUGCACUCAAUUAUCACAUCAAGCCCUUCAACAUCUUCAACUAUGUGUGGUUUCGACUGAGUUGGAUCAAGCAUGUUGGCCCCCGCGGGUUUGGCUUGAGCGGUCGGUUGAUGCGAGGCUUCUACUUGAGAGGGCUCGCGGAGCCCUAUGUAUGGGGCAGCUACUUGGAGAUGAGCGCUGGGGAGAAGAAGCAGGAGGGCCUCACAAAACGGUUCGACCGCGAGGAGGCAAACCCAAGGACCGUCACACAUAGAGGAAAAGAUGUUGCCGGACCUAUCUGA